AUGGUAGAGGACGAACUGGCACUAUUUGAUAAAAGCAUAAAUGAAUUUUGGAAUAAAUUCAAAAGCACUGCUAAUGACACUUCCUGUCUGAUGGUGGGACUUAGAGACGCCUACAAGGAUUCCUUUAAAGCACUUGCAGAAAAGCUCAGUGUGAAAUUACAAGAAGAAGAACGAAUGAUUGACACUUUUCUGGAAUAUCAAAAUCAGAUCAGCAAGCAAAAUAAAGUCAUUCAAGAGAAAAAAGAUAACUUACUAAAGUUGAUUGGUGAAGUUAAAAGCAAAAGGCAGGAUUUGGAAGUAAUGACUGCAAACAUUAAGGAUCUUAAGGAGGAAUAUGCUCGGAAGAAGGAAACUAUUUCCAAUGCUAACAAGGCUAAUGAAGAGAGGUUGAAAAGGCUGCAGAAGUCCGCAGACUUGUAUAAAGAUCGACUUGGAUUAGAAAUUCGAAAAAUUUCUGGUGAUAAGCUACAGUUUAUAUUUACUAAUAUUGACCCGAAGCAUCCUGAGAGCCCAUUUAUGUUUUCCCUACGCUUAAAUGAAGAAAGGGAUUAUGAAGUGUCAGAUAGUGAUCCUCACCUUGAGUGCCUAGCAGAGUUUCAAGAGAAUGUAAGGAAGACCAACAAUUUUUCAGCUUUUCUUGCCAACGUACGAAAAGCUUUUACUGCUCUGGUUUAUAAUUAA